GUCACCAGGAGAUGGGUCCAGCACACCAAGAUCACCCAGAGUAAAUAAGGGUGGAAAAACUGUAAAGGAUAAGCGUUCAGAUUCGGAUUUCAUUUUUGGGAAACUCAUUGGUGAAGGAAGCUUUUCCAGUGUUUACCUAGCAAAAGACAUACAUACAAGCCAAGAAUAUGCAGUUAAGGUCUGUGAGAAGGAAUUAAUUAUUCGAGAGAAAAAAGUCCAGCAAGUGACGAGAGAGAAGGAUGUAAUGAACAUCCUUAACAGUAACCAGAAUCCAAAAGCUCCAUUUUUUGUUAAGCUAUCAUAUGCUUUUCAAGGGGAUUAUAAGCUUUAUUUUGUGAUGACAUACUGUAAAAAUGGUGAACUUCUAAAUUUAAUCCAAAGGGUAGGCAAUUUUGAUAGAGAGUGUGCAAGGUUCUACACUGCAGAAAUAAUCAGAGCAUUAGAACAUCUUCAUUCAUUAAAUAUUAUUCAUAGAGAUUUAAAACCAGAAAAUAUUUUGCUAGAUGAAAGAAUGCACAUAAAGAUAACAGACUUUGGCUCUGCUAAGAUUCUCUCAAAAGAAGAAAUAGAAGGAUUAGAUGAUGGGAAGGGCCGCAAAAACAGUUUUGUUGGAACGGCCCAGUAUGUAUCGCCAGAAUUACUAGAAUCCAAGAAAGUGGGGCCAGCAUCUGACCUCUGGGCUUUGGGCUGUAUAUUGUACCAGAUGGUUUCUGGGCUUCCGCCUUUUAGGUCCAGGGGUUUUAGAAAGUGAUGAUAGAUUGGGUGCACGUGAUCGAAAUGGGUAUCCAAGUAUAAGAAGCCAUCCUCUCUUUGCUGGCUUGGAUUUUGAUACCUUACACGAAUUGACACCCCCGGAAAUCGUCCCAUUCAUGCCACAUGGAAACAAUGAGAUUAAUUGGGAGCAUAAAAAUCAACCAGGAUUGGAGACAAUUGAACUUCAGUUAAUGCUUGGCUUAGAUAUAAGUAAUGAUGAUAAUAACAAAGCUGUUGAAAAUAAAAAGACUGAAUCAGAGGCUGUCAAGAAAGCUGGUAAGAAAAAUAUGGCUGAUAUUAGUGAUGAAGAAUAUAUUUUAAGGCUGGCAGCACAGGAGAGAGAAAACAAGUGGCACAGAUUUGUUGAAGGGAAUCUGAUCCUGAAGCAAGGACUCAUGGAUAAACGCAAGGUAGGGAUCUCUGGAUAUUGGAUGAGAAGUGGAGAAUUAAGUAUUCCACUACAGCAGCUGCUAUGGCUGAGGAUUCCAUAUUCCACUUCCAUACAAGAAAACUACAGAUCUCACCUCAAUAACCUAAGCUCAGGGGCCCAGUGUCCAAGGCAUAACAUGCAUGUUACACUUGUCAUUGCAGGGUUGGCCAAAACCAUUGGUUGA